UGCGCAUGGCACAUUGCGAAUUUCGAGUUCAGCAACUUCGUGCUGCGUCCUUUCCGGUUCAGAAGUCGAGUGGGUUUUCCGGUUCAGAAGGCAGACGGACCCUUUCUUGAAGCUGCGUAUGAGACGAUCCAGAUCGUCGAGUGAGGUUGCAGCUGCACUUGUGUGUAAAUGAAAACUAGUUUUGAACGCUAUUUCUCAUAGAUCAAAAGUCAGAAAAUGCAGAAAAUGAACAGGAUGAUAAGAAACCGGAAAAGAAACCGAUCGAGCAAGAAAACAGAACGAAAACCAUGGAAAAGCAAGCAAAUUCUUGCUACGAUCGAAAGGAAAAGGAAAGGAAAAAGAGAAGAAGAGAAAAGGAAAGGAAUUAGGUCUGAUUUACGCUGAACGCGCAUGACAAACUUGAUUUCUUAUUACUUUCAAGGAGGUGAGCCAUGGCUACGGUCACUACGGGCACGUUAGGAAUGUAGAAUUAGCAUAAGAUACUGGAAGAACUAGACUUGGGACUAUAGAUUUGUAAUGCGUAUGUGUGAUAUUUGAAGUGGUUUUAGAUGGUGUUCGAUUUGCAGUCGGUAUGCGUGCGUUUGAAAAAAAAAAAACAACCUCUCCAUUUCGAAACAAGAUCCCACAAUUGGUGGAGAACCUGGGCAUAGUCCGACUCAGAUGCAAUGCCUAUCUUUACCGUUUCAGUUAGAUUCCCAAUCAUGACCUCGACGAAACGAAAGAAGAAGAAGUGAGAAGGGCGCGCAGCGGAAUAAACUGGCGCCAAGGAAACAGCGCGGACGAAGGAAAAGGCGCUGCAAAGAGACGGCACGCCAGACAAGCGGUUUUAGCUUUUCGCAGCUGCAGAUGUUGCACACGGCCACGCAAUUUGCGACGAUGCGCCUAGCCGCAUGUGAAGAACCUGUUCGAGUUUUGAAACCGGGAACAAUACAGACUUUUGGACGCGGACGACAUUAAGCUUGUGAUGGAACAGAAGCGGCCACGACUUUGGACCAAGCGACGCUGCAGAGAAAUAGAACGUGAAUCGACCAGACCAGUCCCAGAACCGACGAAGAUCCGCAAUAGACACCUGACAGAUCACUGAGAAAAAGACAUGUUUAUGUAUUGACGAGACUCCGACCGCGGUAAAGAUUUGUUUAUGUAGUACGCGAUCGGGGUACGUUCCAGAUUUUUUGUUGAGCGGACGACUUACGGUUAAGUGAUGGCAGUGAAGAUUUUCGAUUUGUUUACGGACCAGCAGAACCUGACUCGCAAGUUUGUGGGCGCGAAUAGUUCCAGCAUCAGUUUCGCGCGAUUGGCAGCCAGAAGUUUAUUUUAGGAUAGUAGAGGAGACGACAAAGAUUUGGCGCUGCGGGUUUUUGAAGAAGCAGUUGCGCACGACCACGGUUACCGCCAUGGCAGCAUUUUUCCGACUUCAGAAUAGCGGAGAGUGAAGAACGCAGUAGCAGUUUUUCAAGAUUUGUUUCGAACAAUGCGAAGAGAUCACGGCGGCCUCCUUCUUUCGCAAUAGCGCGCCAGCUCGGAGGAGCCGCAAAUAGCAGUGGACCGCGCUCCUUUUGCUUCUUCCAUACAGAAUGCGGCAAUAGCGUCAGUGAACUCGAAAAGAAUAUACGUCAGACCACGGAGUAGCAGGGCGGCUCUUAGCGCAGGAAGAAAGAAUAGUAUCGGCAAGGCAGCUGCAGUAGUAGUUCCGGUUUCGAAAGACAGGGGAAGAAGAAGAGGCUUCGGCCUAGCCCGCGCAUGACAGAUUCGGUCUGAAGAGGCAGACAACGAACUCACGCAAAGAAAAGAAUGUUAGCAGACGCGGGGCUCGUUUCCAGAAAAUUUAGCUUUGGCGUUCGCAGUUCAAGCCUGCGAUAGAUCGGUGCCCAGCAGGUGUAGACGCAAGCCUUCCAGUAGCAAGAUGAUGAUGAAGAUAAAGAGAUAGAUUGUUCAAGACCCCGACCCCCACAUCCCUUUGCGUUCGCAGCACCGAUAGACGACGUUGAUAGGUUUUUGUUCGAAGACGCAGUGAUGAAGAUGCGAAAGUGAAGAAGUUCCAGUCAGGGGGCGUGUAGUCGUAUAGCGACUUUGCUGGUGACUGCAACUUCUUCCUGUGAUGGCGUUCCCUCCUUGAAGAUUCAAGAUCCCGAUGCAGUUCCGACCCCAGAUUGAUGCGACAUGCAGUAGUAGCUAGCUGACUUAUUGGGAUUCAAGAUGUGUGCCUUGGGAUUUUUAUUUGUGUUCGCAGUGACAGCUUGGGGCCACCGGGUUUAUCGCUGACUAGCUUUUGCUGACGUUUGAUUUCCGCCUGUGUUUGGGAUCCCAGGCUACUAGGUGAUGACUUCGCUUCGGGCUUCGGGAUUUUAGGCACUAGCACUAGUAGAUCGCGGCGAAAAGCAAUCAAGAUAGCGUAGAACACUCGGGCAGAGGUGCGAAAACACCGGGAGAAAAAAAACGAAAAACCCAGGGCAGCGCUAAAGGACGGGCACAGACACGGAAACCAGCAACAGGAAAAGUAGAACAAAGAUAACCAGACAACGACGCGAACACGAGACACCACAAAAGAAGAACGCAGAACAAUAUGGGGGCGUAGAACCAUUUCGCUUUCGACAGCAAGCAGCGCGCAGCGUUGACUCCGAUUUUUACAUGCAGGAACGAAAAGGGAAAAUGAAACACAGUAGGAGUAGCACGAACAGCAGCAGCAGUGGUGACAACGAGACCUACGGUUUUCCGGAUGUAGGAUUUUUAAGACUGCGUACGAGACGAUCCAGAUCGUCGAGUGAGGUUGCAGCUGCACUUGCAGCAGACCAAAACGAUCAGUGAGAAGGGGAAACGUGUGUAAAUGAAAACUAGUUUGUCGCACGAACUGCUCAUCCCAAAAUGCGAUGCUGACGUUGACAAAAGUAAAUCUUGAAGUGAUCUCAUUCUAUUUUUCCGAUCCUGUUUUUUGAAAAUGUAUGAUGUUCUUUUUUGGGAAUAAAGAUCUAACUUUUAUCGUUUUUCUAAAUCUGUAAUGCAAAUGGCCUAUCUGCACGCAAAUGCGCGACCAAGGAAGUUCGUUUUUUUUCACCGGUUUUAAAUCCUGUAUAAUGCAAAUGUUUUUUCAAGAUCUUUAUGUAUGAUUUUCUUAGAGUGAGGGCUCAGCCGUGGGUGAGCACCGUAGUAUUUACCAAUCGCGUUGUUCAUCGCGCAUUACAAAUUCGCACUGCUUAUCUAUCGCAUUUUCUCCAAUCAAAUCGUCACGGUAUCGAAUCGCACUAGAAUUAUUUUCGAAAUCGUGACUAUCGUACUGGGAAUUGGGUAGAAUCGUUUAGAACUUAGACCACCGAAUAGACCGCUGCUGAAGACCACUGGACUCGUUUUUAUCUCGAGCUGACUACUGGAAAGAAAAGUAUAGGCAUUCUUAAACCGCACCUAAUUGCGGUUAUUUGGGAUUAGUAGUCGUGUUCAACCUCUCCAUUUCGUGUAUAGAUGCCCAGGUUCUCCACCAAUUGAAGGAUCUAGUUUCAAAAUGGAGAGGUUAUUUUUUCAGAAGCAACAAUACCGAAUCAAAAGCGAGCAACAUCAUAACUACAUCGCAAAACGCCACCAAUUCGCAUUACAGAUUCAUUAUUCCAGGUUUGGUUCUUCCAGUUUCUAAUGCUAAAUCCGUAUUCCUAAGUGGUCCAUAGCCGUGGCUCCGCUCCCUUGAAGUAGUAAGAAAAUCCAGUUUGUAAUGCGGAUUCCAGAGAGAUCAGACAUAAUGAUAAUUCCGUUCCUUUUCUCUUCUUCUCUUUCUUCUUUCCUUCGUCUUUCGAUCGUAGCAAGAAUUUGCUUGCUUUUCGUGGUAUUUUGGUCCUUUUCCUUGCUCGAUCGGUUUCUUGGCUUUUCCUUAUCAGCAGACCAAAACGAUCAGUGAGAAGGGGAAAC